AUGUGCGUCAGCAGGGCAUGCAGUGAAGCAUUGACCGCAACCUCCGCGAUCGUGGCCUACCUUCCUGGCCCACGCUCAUUCCCAAUCCUACCUCGUCUUCUGGCUGCCUGUCACCCACGGAGAGCCACCUGCAUCAUUCCAGCCUCUGAUGUGUUCCGACACUCAACCGCUAACCAAGAGCGCUGCAGCACCCUGCAUAUUACUUACAGCCAAGCAAGAACCGCCUACCGGAGUUCAACCGGGAAUUGCACGGGGCCGUGGUGUCCGCACAGACGCCGUGGGUCAUCGCUUCAGGUCACACUUGACGAGCGAUGCUCGUGGAAUGCCAGAGAUAUGGGACUGCGGGGCUUACUGACACAGCUAAACAGCAAAAUUUACACUUGGCCUCACAUGAACGCGAGUCAAAGCACGUGAUCUAUGACUGUCCGGGGAACGUAGGAGAAACAACGAAUUGCAAUACUCAUAAGAAGUGACAUACACCCUACGUAUGCAAAGCGAUGACGCGGUCGGUAUCAAGUGAGCCGCAGUUUUAGAUAAAAGGUUGGAUGGCAGACCCCAAUUUAACGUUGCUACAUAUACGUUAAAAUUUGGGAGGCUUAUUUUCCAAAUACUCGGCUUACCUAGGUAUCUUUAUCUAGAAAUCAGGUACUUGGGGCCCCUAAUUUCCGAAUAAAUAUU